AUGGUUAUAUGGUUAGGGUUUGAGGAUGCUCUUUUAAAUGAAGCCCAACUCCCCACCCUUCAUUUGCUUCCGCAACAAAAACAACACGGCACCACCGGCCACCGCACCACCACCAGCAAGCCCUCCCAUCAUACUCAAACAUCCGCAGGAAUGCUGGGAAGUUCUUUACCUUCUGCCAUAUUGACCAUUGACUCUGGAAAAGUUUUUGUUUUUUCUCUGGAUCUUGAAUCAUACUCAUCAAAUGCAAAAUUUUCACACAGUUAUCAACCUAGCAACAAUAAAAAACUUUUAACAACUAAAUUGACCACAUCCACAAAAUGGAAAAUACAAUCAACUCGAAGAACUCCAGAGAUAAUUUUAACUGAGGAAGAUACAAAGACAUGGGAAGCUUGUAGACAAUCUCUUUCACAAUUCAAAUUUACAGUAGAAGAGGAGGAUAAAAUAUUAGGAAAAGCAUUCGGGUUUCUUCAUUCCCCUUAUUGGGGUGAAGAACGUGAAAAAGUUGUACCAAAAACCGAAGAAAUUAAUGCCAUUUUGGAUUAUUUAAAGGGUUUAGGUCUUUUAGACGAUGAUAUCUCAAAAAUACUCAAGAAAUUUCCCGAGGUUGUUGGGUGUAGCCUUGAAAAUGAGGUGAAGGUGAAUAUUCAAGUUCUUGAAAAACUAUGGGGAAUAAAAGGAAAAUCAUUAAAGAAUUUGCUUCUUCGUAAUCCAAAAGUAUUGGGUUAUAUUGUGGAUUGUAAAGGAGAUUGUAUGGCACUCUGCACUCGGUGUUGGGUUCGGUUUUAAUUUCAAGAUUUUUGUAAUUUAAGUGUAUA